AUGCCGUUAGCGCGGCGCUACUUCUACUACCUCAACGAGCGUGGCCAGCUGUUUCACGUGUUCGACAUCAAAGGCCUCGUGGAGCACACACGCGUGCCGUCUGGCCCCACAUACCUCGGCGAGGGGUCGUUUCUGGACUUCUUCUACCGGCGUCUGCGGCCGAACAGACUGCCCCAGUGCGUGGCAGACAGCGUGCGGGGCACGGAUGGGGCGGCGGUGAUGCGGCUGGACGACGGCUGCUGCCUGACACCGCGGGAGUUCCUGCGGCAUUUCCCGUACGUCAGCGUCUGUGGGGCGGAGAAGAAUUUCAUGAAGGUGCAGGACGCCCCCGUGGUGUUCACGGACUACAACUUCGCCUGCGGGGGCGACGAGGAGUUGGGUGGCGUUCUCCUGUUUGCCGGGUCGCUGCAGGAGCCGUUCCAGGCAGCCGCCCUCACCGUCACGCGGGAGGGAAAACUGUUCCACCCCAUCACCACGCUCGAGCACCUGCAACAUGGCGCUGCGCCCGCGGCGACGAGAGGGCUUGUUGGGGCGCAGGUGGGGCUUAAGUUGGGGUUCGACUUUGUCUGCGAGGAACUUGACAGCGAUGGGCACUUUGUCAUUGACUGGGGAGGAAGGAAGCACGUGAUUGCCUACGCGGAGGAGUGA